AUGCAUUGCUGGCACACGCGUCAGUGCGCGGAUCUUUCUGAACAGGAAACUCUUUGCAUUGCCUGUGACAAGCACAGGGACAAAAUCCGCGAAUCGGAGCGCAGCAACGUUAUUGUUUCAGCCAAACUCUUUCUUUUUACAGACGAUCACUACUCCAUUAGACAGGCUGUUAAUAAAACCCUGGAUCGGCUGGGUCUGGAGGACUUAGAGACACUGAUAAUUUCGCUCUCAUCGGAACUCUCUCGAGGUGCUCUUGUCGAUCACCCACCUUGCAUGGGUCUUCCUUGGGCUCGAAUUCCUCAGAACACGGCCCACAGCCUCCUCAAAAUUUGGCCUGUUUUGGAGGAAUUCGUUGAGGCUAAUAAGAUUUUUAGAUUGGGGGUUUGUGACAUGCCCGUCACUGAUUUGGAAGUACUUUGUGCUGCUGUUAAGGUUCGUUCGUAUUUUAUCCUACUUUUGCGUGCAGUAUCACUUUAG